CAUAGAUAAAAAGAACCCCAUAACACAAUCAACGUUGAUAGGAAUAUCUUUGUUUUAGUUUCAAUGCUCUUACAGUAUUUCUUGUAUUACAAAGAAAGUGGCACAUAUUUAUUUAAUAGUGGAUACUACGCGGUUGCGUAUUUUUAUUUUAUCAAAAGGACCAUAUAAGUAACUUGCGGAAUUGUUAGGGGGAAAUCACGUGUAUUUCUUCUUAGUCAUACUUCAUUUGUUUCAACAUUGGUUGCUUUCUUCAAGUUCCUUGUGCUAUAUACUCUUUUCCUUUCCUUUCCUUUCCUUGUGUUACACUUAUAACCACGUCUUUCUACCAUGCUUUCAUAUUUCUUCUUCUUUUGAAUCAUUUUCUUGUUUCAAUUAUUUAUUACUUCAAACAUCUUGGUUUUCUUAUAUGGAAGAUACAAUCAGAAAAAAUUGGACAUAAUGAGUUAUAGUAAGAGAAAACCAAAUGAAAGUAUGAGGCUUAUUGUGAUAUUUUUCUUUGGAGGAUUUCUUGGCUUAUUUAUAGGAUUAUCAGUCCCAGCAUUUUCAACAACAAAGUUGAAUCUGCCAUCUAGCUUGCUUCCUUCCAUUGAUUUGUCAUGCAUUCGCGGUAGGGAUACAUGGUCUUUCAUGAAGAAUGAUGAUAGCAUCUCAUCACAAGAUCAGUUACUGAAUAGUCCAUCUAAGAUUUGGGUUCCAACAAAUCCUAGAGGUGCAGAAAGAUUACCUCCUGGGAUUGUUAAUGCUCAAUCAGACUUCUUCUUGCGAAGAUUGUGGGGUCUUCCCAACGAGGAUUUUACCUCUAAGCCAAAGUACCUAGUGACCUUCACUGUUGGGUAUCAGCAGAAAAAGAAUAUUGAUGCAGCUGUGAAAAAGUUUUCAAAGGACUUCACAAUCCUUCUAUUUCAUUAUGAUGGCCGAACAACCGAAUGGGAUGAGUUUGAGUGGUCAAAAAAAGCUAUCCAUGUGAGUGUUCACAAACAAACCAAGUGGUGGUAUGCCAAGAGGUUUCUGCAUCCAGACAUUGUUGCAUCAUAUGAGUAUAUUUUCAUGUGGGAUGAAGACCUCGGGGUUGAGAAUUUUAACGCAGAAGAAUACAUAAAACUGGUGAAGAAGCAUGGCUUGGAGAUUUCACAGCCAGCUUUAGAACCUCAAAAAGGGUUGAUAUGGAAUAUGACGAAGAGAAGAAAUGAUAGUGAAGUGCACAAACAAGCACAAGAGAAACCAGGGAAGUGUAAAUACCCUCUUCUUCCUCCUUGUGCAGCAUUUGUCGAGAUUAUGGCUCCUGUUUUUUCGCGAGAUGCAUGGCGUUGUGUGUGGCACAUGAUUCAGAAUGAAUUUGUUCAUGGAUGGGGUCUUGAUUUUGCUUUUAGAAAAUGCGUCGAGCCUGCCCAUGAGAAAAUUGGAGUUGUUGAUGCUCAAUGGAUUGUUCACCAAGGUAUUCCAUCACUAGGGGAUCAGGGAGAAGCACAGACUGGGAAGCCGGCAUGGCGGGCGGUUAAGGAGAGGUGUGGCAUGGAGUGGAGAAUGUUCCAAGGUAGAUUGACAAAUGCAGAAAGGGGGUAUUACAAGUCCAAGGGAAUUGAUUUUUCUGAUUUGCUCGCUCAUAACUAAGGGACAGAAAUUACUUUCAACGAUAACUUAGAUUCCUAGAUAGAGCAUUAAUAUAUAUGAGCAUUCAAUGUGAAGAAAAAUCAUACUAAUUACAUUGUAAUUCAUAGUGAAUAAAUAUACAUCCUACCAAAACUGAUCAAAAACCGAGCAAAGCAGCAGAAUCCUUCAGAAAACUGAAGCGUUGAGUCAUAAUUUUUUGUUGUUGUAUGAAUCGUUACCCUAUGUUUAAAUUCAGUGAAAUUUUUGGACCACUUAGACUUUAUAUAAUUGGUGACAAAAUUAAAUUCCUCGGAUCA